AUGGCGUCUCCCCAGGCCCUGGUGGACGACACUGAGGAUGUGUCCCUGGACUUCGGCAAUGAAGAGGAGCUAGCCUUAAGGAAAGCCAAGAUCAGGCACCCCCUGGCCACCUUUUUCCACCUGUUUUUCCGAGUCAGUGCCAUCGUCACCUACGUGUGUUGUGAUUGGUUCAGCAGGAGCUUCGUGGGCUGCUUUGUCACUGUGCUGCUCCUUCUGUCCUUCGACUUCUGGUCCGUGAAGAACGUUACUGGACGACUCCUGGUGGGCCUCCGCUGGUGGAACCAGAUCGAUGAAGAUGGGAAGAGCCACUGGAUUUUUGAAGCCAGAAAGGUGUCUCCCGGCCACACAGCUGCCACAGAAGCGGAAGCCCGCAUCUUCUGGCUGGGUCUCGUCAUCUGCCCUGUGAUCUGGGUCGUCUUCUUCUUCAGCACCUUGUUCUCUCUGCGGCUCAAGUGGCUGGCCCUCGUCAUCGCUGGCGUCUCUCUCCAGGCCGCCAACCUGUAUGGCUACAUCCUUUGCAAGAUGGGAGGCGACAGUGACCUCAGCAGAGUGGCAGCCAGCCUCUUGUCCCAGACGGUGUUCCAGACGGUGAGUGCUGAGGUCUGA